AUGUCCGACAGCGGCCAGCCUGCGGUCGACGUCGGAGUAGCCGCCGAAGCCGCCAGCAUCGCUACGGCAGUGCGGCGUGCACUCGAAGGCCUCCGUCCUCGAGUCUCUCGGCAAGAGUUGAUGUGGGAGCUCGGCAUCUCGAAGGAGGUCGCAAGCGCUGCUCUCAAGUCCUCUGCCGAGACGGCCGAUGGAUCCGAACAGGGCCCAAUGUCCCUGGAUUGCGUCGUCGCUGCUGACCUCGCCGAUGGAACACGCGAGUUUCGCUUGAUACCGACAGCCGCGUUGAAGACGGAGCCCAGUGAGAGCGCCGAUGUCAAGCAUGUUGAAGUCCAUUCUGUGCGGCGGUCACCGAUAAGCACGAAAGAUGCUGCGGGAUUGCAAUGGCUGGCAGAUCUGGACAGCUGCUGGGACGCCUACCGACCUCCGGCCCAGGAUCUGCCACCAAGUCGACCUCCUGCAGCCGCGGCCGCAGGUGCCCACGGCACAGUCGUUGUCGAUCUGUCAGACUCUGACAGUGAUGCGGAGUGCAGGAUGUUGAGAGUGGAUUUGCGUUGCAAUCCUGUUCCCGUUGGCUCCUGCCUCAGCAUUUCUGAGGUGUCCAGCAAGCAGAGGCACUUGAAUACGGCCCACUUCCUUUCCCUAGAACUGCGCUCCGGUUUCGUGCAGACACUUCACUCCUUGCAGGAGGAGUCUCCCGAUAGAAAAGUCUGGCUCUUUUACUGGUGCCUCUACUGUGCAGCGUCAUUUGCGCUGUACUGCUUCGAGUGGCUCGUUAGCAUACCCUUCUAUGUGAUUUCUUUUUAUGUCGACAUCUACUAUGAGACCCAGCUGUUAGUAGUUCUCUACCUCGUGCACCCGAAGACCAUGGGAAUCCACACGGUGCAGGAGUUUUUGGAGACCAAGAGCCACCUGGCCUCGAGCUCAGCCAACCUGAUGUGCACAUAUGCGUUCGUCGUC